GUUGUGCCUCAGGGGCGGGCUUUAGGGAAGCAGGUCUUAGCCGCGGGCUGCGAAAGCUGUAGUUUGAGGAGGCUCUUGAGCCGUGUUUGAGACUCUGUGGGUGAAGAAAACUGUUGUGAUUUAGGUGAUGUUUUAAAAACAGCCUUUCGAUUUUACCUGCUUGACUGCGUCUUCUCAAGAGAAUUUCACCCCGCCUCCACUUCUGCUGGUUCAGCGCUGCCGGCCCUCGGUUGCAGGAGCGCGUCGCUAUUGUUGCUUCAGUGGCCGUUUUUCUGCUGUCCUUUGCAGAUUUCGACUCAGUAGGAUUAAUGGCGAAAUUGAGCUGAACAUCUUUACUCCUGGGUCAAAUACCAAAAUUUAAACUUCCAGCUUUGUGGAAUUUUCAUUCCCAUUUCUCAUAUUCUUUUAUCGGGUUCUACUGUUUUGCUUUUCUACUCCCUUGGCCCUCGAAGAGAUGACUAUUUCAUUCUGAAGUCUUAGGGACCCAGAAGAAAUUCUUCCAUUCAGAACCUUGGGACUAUUUGUUACUCACAGUAUGAAAGGCUCGGAAGUGAGCCUGAAAAAGCAAAACAGGCUUAAAAUGCCAGCGAGGAGACUUCGUGAGGUCGUUUCUCCAAAUCAGGGAAAUAAUAUAGCUUUGCUGAAGGGUGAGUUGCCCUGUGUUCCUCCAGCGCUGCCUGCAAAUAAACGUCUUCCCGUUCGAAUGGGGACGAGCAUCAGUGGAACAUUACCUGGUUCAUCAGAUUUACCUUCUGCUGGAAAUUAUCAGCCUCUGUUAGAAAAUCCCACUGCAUCUGAAAGUGAUUUUUCUAAAGAUGUUGCAGUGAAGGAGUUACCUUUGGAUAAAACAGAAGAUAGAAGCAGAAGAGAAGUAGAUGACAUCUUUAUUUCUCAGUACUCUGUGGGACAGAAAGAUGCUCUGAGAACAAUUUUAAAGCAAAAGGCUCAAAGCAUACCCAUUUUUAAGGAAGUGAAGGUACAUCUUUUAGACGACGCAGGUGUGGAGAAGGUUGCUGCCCCUCCAGAGGCCAGAGGUUCACCCAGUGGAAUUGAUUCUGCUACUGCUGUGGCUGCGGCAACUGCAGCUGCCAUUGCCACUGCAGCUCCCCUGAUCAAGGUGCAGAGUGAUUUGGAAGCAAAAGUUAAUUCUGUUACGGAAUUACUUAAUAAAUUACAGGAGACUGAUAAACACUUAAAACGUGUUACAGAGCAGCAGACAAGCAUUCAGAAUAAACAAGAGAAAUUGUACUGUCAUGACCAUGAGAAGCAAAUGAACGUAUUCAUGGAGCAGCACUUAAAGCACCUGGAAAAAUUACAGCAGCAGCAAAUAGAUAUCCAGACCCAUUUUAUUAGUGCUGCACUGAAGACCAAUACUUUUCCACCUGCUAGCACGCUUGCCCCCAGAGCCAUGGAGAAGCAUUCCAGAGAACCAGGAUGUCCUUUUGUCGGCGGCAGCAUGCUGUCCUCACAUGAGCCAUUUGCUUCCAAACAAGCAACUUUAAGAAAAGUUGAAGAUACUUAUUUUGAUGAGCAGGAAUCUCCUUUGGAGACACCAGCACCUCGCAGGUUUGCUCCUGUACCUGUUUCUAGGGAUGGUGAAAUGCCAAAGAGGGAAAAUCCUAUGGAAGAAAAAGAAAAUAUGGAAAAAUCAGAUUAUAAAGGAAAUACAAGACUAUUAGGACAAAUUUUGAAUAAUAAUGAUUCUUCCACAAGAAAAAGUGAAUCAUCAGACAUAACCUCACUAAGUAGGUCAAAACUGGGAUGGAAUCCUGAGAGAAGACACAGCUUUGAAGCCCUGUCUUCUCAAAGAUUUCCUUCUUCUGGAGAACCAGGAACAGCUAUAGUGACUGUGCAGAAACCUAAUGAUGUUCUCCAAGAUCUUGGCCAAAAGAGGAAAGAAACCAACAGUGUGCUCCAGAGUUCUUGUAAACUUCAAACAACCAAUACGAGAUCUGUACUGAAAGAUGCUGAGAAAAUUUUGAGAGCAGUACAAAACAACAAAAAAAUGCUUGAGGAAAACCUGGAAGCUAUUAUUCGAGCAAAGGAUGGAGCUGCUAUGUAUUCAUUUAUCAAUGCUUUGUCUACUAAUAGAGAGAUAACAGAGAAAAUUAGGAUCAGAAAGACAGUAGAUGAGUGGAUUAAAGCUAUUUCUGCAGAAAUUCAGGAUGAACUGGCAAGAAAAGAUUUUGAACAAAGGAGAUUUGCUCAGAAGAAUCAAAGGACCCAGAAAGCACAGAUUAUGAGUAAAGAUAUUAAAGCCAACACACAAGACAAAACUGUAAAUAAAUCUGUAAUUCUAAAAAAACCUCAAAAACAAGUAGAGGAUUAUUUUAGAAGUCCACCUGCAAGGAGCAUGGCUGUUUCCAGUUUACAGAAAGAAAGAAAAGCAGGGCCUUUGAAGUCUCCCACGAUGAUACGAGAUGAGGAUUACAUGUCCCAAGUCUAUGGAAAAGCAGUGUAUCAGGGCCAUCGCAGCACUCUUAAAAGAGGCCCGUACCUCAGGUUUAAUUCUACAUCUCUUAAGUCCAAACCACAGAGACCAAAAGUAAUAGAGCAAGUUAAAGGUACUAAAGUCAAGUCAAUACGAACACAAACUGACUUGCAUGCAACAAAACCUAUGAAGACAGACUCUAAAAUGCAACAUAGCAUUCCUGCCUUACCUCAUGGUGAGCAGCAGUAUGUGUUUAGCCCUAGCAGAGAAAUGCCGACAUUUUCAGGUACUCUGGAAGGUCAUCUAAUUCCUAUGGCAAUUCUUCUAGGACAAACCCAGAGUAAUAGUGAUUCCUUACCCCCUGCUGGAGUGGUACACAAGCUACACCCCGUCACUGUGACCACUUCUAUUCCUCCAUCAUCUCGAAAAGUAGAAACUGGAGUCAAGAAACCAAACAUAGCCGUUGUAGAAAUGAAGUCGGAAAAAAAGGAUCCUCCUCAGCUCACUGUACAGGUAUUACCCAGUGUGGACAUCGACAGUGUUUCAAAUAGCAGCGCCCCCAGCAGCUUGCCUUUUCUGUCCAGUCCAGAAGGAGCACCUUUCCCUCUGAUGCGGAUGUGCACACAGUCUCCAGAAUUUAUGAAGGCAAAUGAAGAAGAGGUGAAGUUUCCAGGAUCUAACUUUGAUGAAGUCAUCGAUGUCAUUCAGGACGAGGAGAAAUGCGAUGAAAUUCCAGAGUACUCUGAACCAAUACUGGAGUUUAACAGAAGUGUUAAAGUUGUUUCUACAAAAUAUAACGGUCCUCCCUUUCCACCAGUUCUUUCUACUGCUCAGCCCACUACUGAUAUUCUGGAUAAAGUGAUUGAGAGAAAAAACACAUUAGAAAAUAACUUAAUUCAGUGGGUAGAACAAGAAAUAAUGUCAAGAAUUAUCUCUGGACACUUUCCAGUCCCCUCGCAGACUAAACUUCCUGCCAGCAUCUCAGUCAGUGAGGCCAGUGAGCCAUCUACUCCGGACAUUGUGGAAGGAACCUGUGGUGGUGCCCUCCAACUUUUUGUUGAUGCGGGGGUUCCUGUGAGUUCAGGCACUAUCAGACGUUUGGUGAAUGAUGCUCUUGCUGAGACCAUUGCUGGCAUGCUAGGCGACAGGGAAUCAAAGAAGGAAAGUCCUGUCGCUGCAGGUGUUCCUGGUGAUGUCUCGACAAGUGAAACCCUCUUACUGACAAGAAUAUGUACUCCAGUGGCUACCCCACGGCCUACUCCUCCUUGCUCACCUUCAUCACCUCCUAAGGAGUGUGUGUUACUAAAGACUCCUGAUUCUUCUCCCUGUGGUUCAUAUCAUGAUGUCACUUUUCCAGUGAAAGAAAUCUCUGCUGAAAAAGAGAGAUCUGUAGGACAGGAUAUACCUGCCGUCACACUUGUUAAUACUCCUUCAGUUACUCCAACUGCUACGCCUCCUCUAGCAGCAGCUCUUACCCCAACUUUGUCAGAGACUUCCAUUGAUAAAUUGAAGAUAUCAAGCCCAGAGCUUCCCAAGCCAUGGGGGGAUAGAGACCUACCACUGGAUGAAGAGAACCCUAACUCUUUUCAAGAAGAACUUCUUCACCCAGGAGCACUCGUCAUGUCUGUGGCUAAGGAUGAAGAACCUAGGAGUAUGGACUCGCCGGCUCCACUUACUCCUGCAGAACCACCUCCCCUCACGCAGUUACCUGUGUGUGCCGAGGUCCCUGCCUCCUUGCAGGUGCUGAGCUCCAGCUCAUCCACCCUGGAAAGCACUCUGAGCCUUACCAUUACUGGCAUGGAGACUCUGGACAGGCCCAUCUCGGAAGGGGAGAUUGUAUUCAGCUGUGGUCAAAGAUUGGCUCCCGGGAUUUUAGAAGGUGGAGAGCUUUAUCUGACAAACCUAAAUGAUAGCUUCUCCAGCACUCUGCAUGAUGCCCUUGAAAUGGAAGAUGAUUCUCCAAGUGAAGGACAGGUGAUUAGGAUACCCCAUAAAAAUUUUCAUACAAAUGAAAUUCUUCCUCUUCUUGCUAAACAGAACCAGGAAUUACAAGGUUCACAGCAAGCAGUCUAUCAUUCAGAGGACUUGGAAAAUAGUGUUGGUGAACUUAGUGAAGGACAGAGGCCCAGGCUGACAGCAGCAGCAAAGCAUGUAUUUCUGGGACAGGCUCUCUGUAUGCAGCAGCGCAUCACCAGUGCAGAGUCUGUGAGUCAGCAGUGCACUCAUAAACCAUUGUUGCAGCAGUUUGAUGCUGUUUCAGGUGGUAUUUGUGAAGAUUCCUGUGCUAGUCGUGGCCCAAUGAGUUUGGGAGAGUUGGAGUUGCAGCCAGAUUCCAGUGCUGGUCUUUCCAUAGCACCGCUGAGAGCACAAGGAAGUGUUGUACAUUUACCGGAAGCAGCUGAGGUCUGUCAGCUAAAGCCACUCACAUCUGCCUCUCCAAGAGGUGCUGCACUUUUGAGAGCUGGAGCACAUGGACAGAAGCCUCAGGUGUCCUGCCUACGCUCACUGAAUCAACAAAAGCAAGAUCAGGAUGUUAAGCAGGUUGAACACAUGCCAGUACAAAGUCGUUUAAUGUGUGUACAAAAUAUAUCUGAUAUUUCUCUUUUGCAAGAACAAACUUCACCAGGUGAUAUAAAUCAGAUAAAAAUUGAACCCAGUCUGUAUCUUGCCCCUGCAUUUACAGGUGGCGAGACAGUGCCCUGCUUCACGUCACAGCCAUCCCCUGCCAGAAUGUGUGUGACGCUGCCUGCAGUGAACCUGGAGGCGUGCUCCCCGUCCCUGAGUGCCAGCACCAUCCAGGGGGACGCAGGCUCCUCAGGAACAGACAGCUUCUGAGCCGGUGUAAGCCAGCAGGACUUCCCUGUGUUCGGAACCAUGGCUGUGAGCACAUUCUGGACAACAUUUCUAAUUUUUUAUUGAAAGUGAAAAACAUGAUUUGGGUGUGAAGGCAAAGUUUUUGAAUAAAAUAAAUAUGAACCGUCA